CCCCUUACUUGGUCCAUUUCUAGAUUCCUGUAACAAAAACACCUAAAUUUUGCCAUUAAAUCACACAUUUGUGUCAUUGUGUGGAUGCAUAUAUAUAUAUUAGCCUCAAAUGCUAAGUAAAUGGAUAUCCCACCACAGUCACAAUCUCAUCAAGUCCAUUACCACAUUCCGUCUUUCUUCUUCUUCCUCUCUCUAUAUUUCAAAUCUUUACUUCCUAUCAGAAGCAGAAACUCUGUAAAAUCUCAAUGUCUGCCACUUAAUUAUACAUCUUACCAAACGUGAAACUCGAUUCUUAUUUCACCUUCUUAAUCAUUUUCUUGUGUAAGCCUUCUUUGUGGGUUUUUGCAGCAUUAAUGGUGCACUAAAGUUUGUGCAAAACAGUUAAAACCUUCCCCUGCAAAGCCAAAAACAAAAAUUCGUUUUUUUCCCUUCUCCUUUUUUAGAAAACGAUAAGAAAUGGGUCAGGGCAAGUUGAUGUUGUAAAAGUCAGAACCACAACGUGAGAGAGAGAGAGAGAGAAAGAAAGCAAAAAAAGUUCGUUAGCUUGUGAAACUUGUCACAAGUUUCAUCACUAUAUUUAUAACUAACCUUAUGUUGAAGAGAAAGCACCUCAACACAAGACCAAUGUCAAUCUCUUGUACCAGAAACUUCUUCAAACGAUUCUGCGUCGAAGAAUACAAUAUGGAUACAUUCAAACAUAGCAGUUUCCUCUCUGCUGAUCUCUUACCAUCUCUUGGAGCUAGAAUAAACCAAUCAACUAAGCUCCGUAAACACAUCAUCUCUCCUUUCGAUCCACGUUUCAGGGGAUGGGAGAUGUGGCUGGUCAUUCUUGUGAUUUACUCAGCUUGGAUUUGUCCAUUUGAGUUUGCCUUCAUCACCUACAAGAAAGACGCACUUUUCAUCAUUGACAACAUUGUCAAUGGAUUCUUUGCCAUUGACAUCAUUCUCACCUUCUUCGUUGCUUAUCUAGACAGCCACUCAUAUCUUCUAGUCGACAAACCUAAGAAAAUAGCUAUAAGGUACCUUUCUACUUGGUUCGCCUUUGAUGUCUGCUCAACAGCUCCAUUCCAGUCACUGAGUCUUCUGUUCAAAUACAAUGGAAGUGAAAUAGGAUUCAGAGUUCUUAGUAUGCUCAGGCUCUGGCGUCUUAGACGAGUUAGCUCGCUGUUUGCAAGGCUUGAGAAAGAUAUCCGCUUCAACUAUUUCUGGACACGAUGCACAAAACUCAUUUCGGUGACACUGUUUGCAGUACAUUGUGCUGGAUGCUUCGCCUACCUCAUUGCAGAUCAAUAUCAUGAUCCAACAAAAACAUGGAUUGGAGCUGUCUACCCAAAUUUCAAGGAGACAAGCGUAUGGAGUAGAUAUGUUACUGCUCUUUACUGGUCUAUUACGACAUUAACAACAACAGGUUAUGGAGACUUACAUGCUGAGAACCCAAGAGAAAUGUUGUUCUUUGUGUUUUUCAUGCUCUUCAACCUCGGUUUCACAUCUUACCUCAUAGGAAAUAUGACCAACCUUGUGGUUCACUGGACUAGCCGCACCAGAAACUUUAGAGAUACUGUAAGAGCUGCUUCAGAGUUUGCAUCAAGAAACCAACUCCCACCAAACAUACAAGACCAAAUGUUAUCACACAUUUGCUUAAAGUUUAAAACAGAGGGUCUGAAACAACAAGAAGCUUUAAAUGGUUUGCCGAAAGCAAUCCGGUCAAGCAUUGCAAACUAUCUCUUCUUCCCAAUCGUUCAGAACGUCUACCUAUUUCACGGAGUUUCUCGCAACUUCCUAUUUCAGUUGGUUUCAGAUAUAGACGCCGAAUAUUUCCCACCAAGAGAAGAUGUAAUACUACAGAACGAAGCUCCUACUGACCUCUACAUCCUAGUCUCAGGGGCAGUGGAUUUUACUGUCUACGUUGGCGAAGAAGAUCAGGUUCAAGGCAAGGCGGUUGUUGGCGAUGCAUUUGGAGAGAUUGGUGUGUUAUGCUAUACACCACAACCUUUCACAGUUAGGACAACAGAACUAUCUCAGAUACUACGGAUAAGCAAAAAAUCUCUAAUGAGUGCUAUGCGAGCUCAUGUCGAAGAUGGACGAGUCAUAAUGAACAACCUCUUCAUGAAACUUAGAGGGCAACAAUCAAUAGCAAUUGAUGAUCCAAAUUCAGAACCAGAGUCACUUCUCAAGGAGUGGCUUGUUGGUGGUUCAAAGACAGGAGAAGGAAACGCUAGUGAUCAAGGACAUGGGCACAAAUAUUUACAACUGCAUGAUUCAGAAAAUAUUGAUAUGGGGUCAACUGAAUGGAGAGAUUCAAGAAGAUCUGGUUAUGGCGAAACGAAAAGAGUUCGAGAACAUACGAUAGAGAUAGAAGAAGGAGAAAAACCAAAUAAAGAGUUUGAUGGAAAAGGUUGCUCUGAUGCAGAUCUUACCUCAUUUGAAUUUCAUUCACAGGAAGCAUAUCCAUAUUGCAGAUCAAACAUCCAAAUCAAACAACAUGAAGCUGCAAAACCAAAAGAUAAAAGAGUUACCAUCCACUUGAAGUCCCGGGACAAAGAUUUGUCGAAGCUGAUAAUCCUUCCUGCUUCCAUAGAAGAGUUGCUAAGACUUGCAGGUGAAAAAUUUGGAUACAGCUUCACAAAGGUCACGAAUGCGGAAAACGCAGAAAUAGAUGAUGAAGAUGUGAUUAGAGAUGGUGAUCAUUUGUAUAUUCUCAUCAAUGAAAACUCUUAACAAGACUUUAGUAACCACUGUUUUCUUUCCAUAGAGUGUAUAUGUAUAUCUGCAGGCAAUGUAAUGUUUUUUACUAGAAAAACAUUUGAUCAUCAAAGAAGAUCCUAGAGAACUUAUAACUGGACAAUGUUAAUCCAUCAGAAUUCUGAAUUUAACAGAGCAUUUCCCGCGUAAA